AUGAGCGCAGCCUUGCAGGUGACGGCGUUCGGGCUUGGUCUUCUCUCAACCCUCUUCUUGCUCCUUGCCACGUGCACUGACUGCUGGAUGGUGAACGCCGAUGACAGCUUGGAGGUGAGUCACAAGUGCCGGGGCCUUUGGAGAGAGUGUGUCACCAACAUGCAGGAUGGGGUCAGGACCUGUGACCAGUAUGACUCCAUCUUGGCUGACCAUCCAGUGAAGAUUGUGGUGACACGGACCCUGCUGAUCACAGCAGACCUCCUGGCCGGCCUGGCAUUGGCUACGCUGCUGCUCGGACUCGACUGCAUCAAAUUCCUCAAGGAAGAGCCUCGUGUCAAGCUGAAGCUGUGCUACGGGGCCGGCGUCACCCUUGGUGUUGGGAGCAUCCUGGGUUUUGUGGGCUCCGUAUGGUACGCGGUGGACGUCUACUUGGAGAGGGCUAUGCUGGUGUCACACAACAUAUUCCUGGGGGUCCACUAUGACUUCGGAUGGUCGUGCUGGCUGGGGAUGGCUGGCUCAACAGGCUGCUUCGUGUCAUCCGUCCUGCUGACCUGCUGCCUCCACCCCCGUGCAGUGAAGAAACCCAGUGACUAA